CUUAGGAUGGAUAAAGUUUUUUAUUUUUUUUUUAUUUUUUUUUUUUCGUUGAAUGAAUGAUUGAACCAAAAGUUGUUUGUGCAAACUAAAGUUGAUUGUGUAAACUAAAAUUUAUCGUGUUAACAAAAGCGUAGAAUUCCAUUCCAGUGUAUAUGCGCCAACAAUAUGUGUGUUUGGCUUGUCUUUUGAUCAGAAUCUGCACUUUGUUCUAAAUCAAACACGUGUUAGACCAACGUGUGUUAUCAAUGCUUCAAUGAUUCUGCAAAAAAGGUCGUCAGAAUUAGCCCCACCAUUACUGAGUAGUUGUGGAAAAAUGGAUGGAGACAAAAUAAUGAUUUAUUUCGACGAAGUAGCACACUUCGUACAGGCAAAUUACGUUCCCAUUGCAUCAGUAGCUGCAGUAGGACUCGGUUUUAUGCUACUUAGGCGACACUUUUCCGGUGGAAGAUGCUACAGCACUGCAAAAUUAAAUGGAAAAGUUGUGAUAGUUACUGGAGCUAAUACAGGCAUAGGAAAAGAGACAGCCAGAGAUCUUGCUAGACGAGGAGCAAAAGUGAUUAUUGCAUGCCGUAAUAUGACCAAAGCUCAGAGUGCGGCAGAAGAGAUUAUAACAGAUACUGGUAAUAGGAACGUUGUUAUUAGACAGUUGGAUCUGGCUUCAAUGGAAUCGAUUCGAACAUUUGCCAAAUCGAUCGCUGAAAAUGAAACACGGUUAGACAUUCUCAUUAACAAUGCAGGUGUCUACAAGACUGAACGAAAUGAGACUGCAGAUGGAUUUGAAAUGAACUGGGGUACUAAUCAUCUUGGUCCAUUUCUCCUUACCAACCUUCUGUUAGACUUGCUAAAAAAAUCAGCUCCAAGUCGAAUCGUAAAUGUAUCUUCAAUUGGUCAUAGCAGUCCAAAAGUGAAAAUCCGUUUCGAUGAUCCUAAUUUAAAGAACAACUAUGACGUAAAUUAUGCGUAUAGCCAAAGCAAGUUAGCAAAUAUUCUAUUUACAAACGAACUAGCAAGAAGAUUACAAGGAACUGGUGUCACCUGCUACUCGCUUCAUCCCGGCGUUAUAAUGACAGAGAUUACACGUGACUUGAGCUCCUGGAAACUUACUGUCAUAUAUAUGAUGUCUAUCUUAUUUUUCAAGACCCCUAAAGAUGGUGCACAGACCACAAUACACUGCGCUGUCGAAGAGAGUUUGGCAAACGAAACCGGCUAUUAUUACAGUGAUUGUAAAAGAAAAGAUGCUGCACCUCACGCUAUGGAUGAAGAGACUGCAAAGGAACUCUGGGACAUGAGUGCUGAAAUGGUAAAACUGAACAUUAAAUAGCCUGACUGUAUGCUGUUUAUGCUAACUCUCCGGAAUUUGGUUUGACCGAGCAUACUAAUAACAAAUUGUCUAGAUAUCAUUUUGUAGAUUUAUUUUUCAAGUUUCGUGGUUAUUAAUAUUAUUAAAUUGAUUUCCGAUGGCAAACCUCAUUGAAACUCUUCCCUUUCAAAUGGACGCAUUAACAAAUUCACCAAAACAAAUUACUGUACUGCCAAACCAACUCAAGUUAAAGGAGCAUGUAAAACUGAAUUAAAGCAAGUAUUUCAUCAACUGGGUACAAUCUGCUUGUUGUUUUUCCUAUAAGGGUAUAGACAUUUAACACGCGUGUCUUCGGUCUGCAUAAUUAAGGACUUUGUGCAGUUAAAAGUCCUUGCUUAAAUAAUAUCUUUAGAAAGACGGAUACGGUACCUUGUUUUACUUGACCUUAAACACGAGCAGUAAUGGAAUUAGGCCCCUCUCCCACCCAACCCCGUUGAUCAGUGCUUAGUUACAGGUUUGCUGAUUCAAAAGUAGACAGGAUACAAUGGAGCACACUGUUGAAAUGAAAUUAUCUUGGCGAAGACCCUUCUGUCUGCUGUUCACGAAAACAUUUUAUUUUAUAGGCAAAAUACAAAAACAACUCAGAUAGGCCUGACUACUGACUUUUAAUCAGUUAUUUUAUUUUUUCCAUCUAAUUAAUGUAAAAUGUUUCCAUCACCUUAUGUGCAAUGAAGUAUUACUGAAUGUAAAGACAUUGGUGUAUAGUCUCUAACUGAAAGAAACGAUAACAAAUUAUUAGGUCAUUCAAUGUGUUUUUGUGUGGAAAUCAUGAUAUGACCUCUUUACAUUAAAUAAUAGAAAUGUUUAGAAAGUAUUUCAAUUUAUUUAUUGUGGGCCCCAAAUAAUUAGCCGCAGCUGAAUGGACCACCUUGGGGGUUACAAAGAGUAAAACUGAAUGGUUCAGAUGAGAUAUAAUUACAUUCAAGCAAAUACAAACUCAAAGAUUCUUUAUUGACUAGGCAGACAUAAAUUAGUGAGUUUUGAUUGGUUAGUCUACUCGAGAAUCCAAUCCAACUUUUGUCUUCAUCCAGGCACUGCCUGGUGUAUACUUUACUUAGCGGUCUGGAAACUAUGGGUUGCAACUUUAAUUGGGUCGUGGGAAUUUUAUUUUAUUAUUUAUUUGGAAGGUCGUCUCAAUUUUAUAAAUUAGGUGGUAGUAAAUUUUAGUGAGUCACUUUUACAAUAUUUAUAAUAAUGCAAUUCAAGAUCCUAGGUCUUGACAUAAUUUUGCAUGUAAACUUAAAAAACGCAAGUCACGCAUAGGUUUGAGGUUCGUUACCUAUUUUCAGCUUGUACUGGCUCUUCUAUUGUUGUAUUUUAUGUACUUUAUCUAGGCAGGUCGACUUUCUAUUAACGAUGUAAAAUUAAGUGUACAGCCUAAAGAAUUGGCAACCAUAGUGAAUGGAGACGGAAAUCGGUGAUACAAUGAGUUCUUUGCAUUCGAUUCACUGUUUCGGCAAUACCUUUGUAAGGUGAUAUAUGAACUUAGUAAGCGAGAAGAAAACCCCAACAGACUUUACUGAGCUUAUUUAUGUGAAAACGAAACUAUCUUAUGCUUAUAGUAAGGGAACCUACAACGAAAUAGAGAUAAUAGUAAUUCUCCUCUCAGAGGUAUAGGCCAUUUAAUAAAUUUAAAAAAAACCCUUUAA